AUGGUUGCCGCAGACACACCCUUCGAUCCAGCGCACCUAGUCCCGAACCCUGGUAUGGAUCAUUCGCCAAAGAUGAAGGCGGAGCCUGGCGCCGAGUCGACCGACCAGCAGGUUCUUUCGUACCCCCAUCAUGCUCAGCUGAGUCAAAUGCCGAGCAUGCAGCAAGAUUUGCGCUAUGCACCGCAAGCUCAUCCCAACCAAGGGUUGCCUCUUUUACAAAACACCUUCAUUCCCGGAGCAUACGCUGGCGCUGGUCAAUUACCAGCCAAUGUUCCCCAGGGACGGCCGGAUCCACCUCCAAAGACCUUCCACUGUGGAACUUGCAGCAAGGGAUUUGCUCGUCGUAGUGACCUUGCACGUCACGAGCGCAUCCACUCGGGCAUCAGACCCCACGCUUGUGAUUGGCCGGGGUGCGGUAAACAAUUUAUUCAGCGCUCGGCCCUGACCGUGCACGCUCGCGUCCACACUGGCGAAAAGCCACACAUGUGUGAAAGAUGCGGCAAGCCUUUUAGCGAUUCGUCGUCUCUUGCUAGGCAUCGCCGGAUCCACUCCGGAAAGCGUCCUUACAAGUGCCCCUAUGCGAAUUGCCAGAAGACGUUUACUCGCCGCACUACGCUGACACGGCAUCAAAAUCACCACACUGGUACUAUUGAAGAGGCCGCUGCUGAGACUGAAGCCAAUUUGAGGCAGAACAAGGAGCGGGCGAGAGUCUCAGGAGAUAUGUUCUCUGACCAUGGCUCGGUUCAUUCGACCCCUUCCCCAGCGCAUCAUCCUGUUUCGCCUGUUGGCGAUCUGCCUCCGCUAAAUAUGCCCCGCUCCGACUACUACAUGACCAACGGUUCCAUCCCGCCUCAUGUCCGAGGUGGCUUCCCCCAGGUUAGCCCCCGAGCGUCUCCCACGGCCACGUCGCCCUCCUUGUCGAGCUAUGGCAGUGCUCCGCAUGUUCGACCUUCAAUGACUUCGCAUCCUUCGGGCUAUGGGCCCCCUCAACCCCUUGAGCCGCCUGCCAACAACGAUCACCGGCCCAACAGCGUCAGUGGUAGCCCGCAUAUGACUAGCUUGGGCUGGGCUUCUCCGUCUCAUUCCAGCAUCCCUUCCCCCGGCUCUGCUACCGACUUUGGUUAUCCUGAGCCGAGCGGUGCGGCGUAUGCGAGCUCUAUGCCUCCCCACAUGUACUUCCCCAGCUCGACCAUCAGACGACCCGCCAGCACCGAACCGGACAACUAUGAAAUGAAGCCUAGACUGGGUGACAGCGCAUGGUCCACUCCGGUUUAG